AAUAAUAAUAAUAAUAUUGUUCCAGCUGCGUCUGCUAACAACUUGCCUUUUGGCGGACUCACCAACAUUUUGGGUUCAACUGAGAUAGCUUCAUCAAGUGUAGUGCUCUGUGACAACUUCGGAGACUCUGAUUUAGUGCCACGUCAUAGUAAUAAUAAACACACAGAUACCCAUUCCCCUGGAUUCAUUAAUAAAAGACUGGAAGCUGUAGAUUCUAUGGUGAAAAUUGGAGAGCAAAAGGCACAUUGCAGGCUGGCUCAGAAUCGAGAAGCUGCGAAGAAGUGCCGAAUGAGGAAAAAGGCGUAUGUUCAGCAGCUAGAGAGCAACCGGCAAAGGCUAACACAACUAGAGCACGAACUCGAAGUAACGCGGCAGCAGGGCAUCUUCGCUCCGUCUGGAUUUUCGCGAGAUCAUAUUCGUCAGUAUACAUGUGGAAAUAACGGGUCCGCGGCAUUCAAUGUUGAUUAUGAACACUGGCUAGAAGAACAUCAAUGUCUAAUUAACGAUCUAAGAUCGUCCGUAAAUUCUCAGUCGGGAGAUAACGAACUGCGUCUCGUUCUUGGAAGGGUAAUGUCACAUUACGAAGAAAUAUUUCAACUUAAGGGCACAUUUGCAAAAUCGAACAUAUUUCAUAUACUCUCCGGUAUGUGGAAAACCCCGGCCGAAAGAUUUCUCUUGUGGCUAGGCGGAUUUCGCUCGUCCGAUUUUCUCAAGGUACUUGGAAAUCAAAUAGAGGCGUUAACAGAUGAACAAAUGAUGGGGAUUUGCAAUUUACAGCAUUCUUCACAACAAGCUGAGGAUGCUUUGUCACAAGGAAUGGAAGCUUUACAACAAUCAAUUGUCGACACAAUUUCUUCGAAUUCGAUUUGCGAUCGCUAUGUCGAACAAAUGGCGAUUGCAAUGAGCAAGCUCGCGACGCUCGAGAAUUUUCUCCGUCAGGCGGAUCUUUUGAGACUGCAAACGUUGCAACAACUGCAGCGGAUCUUGACCCCACGGCAAGCGGCUUGUGCUCUUCUCGCCAUAAACGAUUACAAGUCGAGGCUUCGAGCUCUUAGUUCGUUAUGGUUAGCAAAACCCAAUUAGGAAAAUGAUUCGAUUCGUUAUUAUAUUUUAAUUUGUUCGAUUUUCCAUGCCUAUGUAGAAGUUGCUUGUGUAGAGAUCGAAAUGUUCGAUUUAUUACCAAUGUUUUUGUUAGCCAUUAGUAUCCAAGAGAUCAAUGUAUGUAGACGAACGCAGUUUGGUAAGAUUAAUCGUGAUUA